AUGUUCUUUCGUCGCAAUGCACAUUUAGAUUUGAUUACGUCACAAUGUGAGUUCAAUGGACGAUGCGAUGUAAAUACGCACAGUCGAAAAAGUUGCCGGUUUUGUCGAAUGAAAAAGUGUUUAAAUGUCGGAAUGAAAAAGGAUCUUUUUCGACCAGCACGUACCAAACGUCAUGCAAAACGGCAAGACUUCAAUGAUGUUGUAGAGUGUCGAAAUAAGGUUCUUGUUUCGUUGACAGUUCAGCCAUUGGAUCUUCUUUGCAAUGAUCGAUCAUUGUUGAGUACCGAUCAAUGGUCUCUUUUGUCCAAUGUUGUUCAUUGCUAUGACACCCUUAGUCCUAUUCCAGAGAUUCAACUAACUAUGGCCACCUUUGCGACGGCUCCACCUAAGCAUCGUCUGAAGAUAGCCGCCAAUAAUCUAAUGGCGACCAUGAAUGCGUUCUUUUCAUCGGUCUGGUCGUUUGUAGCAGCGGUGCCACAUUUCGCUGCGUUACCAUUGAUUAUUCGCCAGAAUCUCAUUCAGCGGAACGUUCAUCAAAUGGGCGCAUUGAGCGGUGCGCAUAUAUGUCAAGAAGGCAGUUUUCACGAUGAUCCUUUCAAUCGAAGCGUAGCAUUUUCAGAAUACGGUGAACCACAGAUGGUUCUCAUGUUAAAAGCUAUUGAACUAGGAAUUUUGGAUCGAACAAUAUCAAAAUUAUUUCUACUUGUUAUGAGCCUUUCAACUGCUUCCGAUAUGGUUCAACCAUCUAGUAAUUAUAAAAAUCUAUGGAAAGGUGACAGUAUCUGCUUUAGUACCAAGCAAAUAUUAGCCAUGCAAAAUAUCUUUGUUGAAGUUAUGUUCAAAUAUAUGAUUCAUCGAUUUGGCUACAUUCAAGCGUCCGUUUAUUUUGCUGAACUUAUUAAAAAUACUAUAAUUCAAGGAACAUAUCUACAACAGGCAGAACAAAACUCAAAUCAUAAUGAUAUGAUACAAAAUAUCGUUCAAAGAUUCGAGCAAUCUCUAAUUCUGUGUCAACAACCUAGAAAUGUUUUGUCUUCGGUUAUACUUUAA